AUGGCCGGAGCCGAGGCGGCUGGCGGGGCUGCGCCCGGCAGCCACCUGCAAGAGCCCGCGCCGCGGACACCCCGGGGCCCGGAUCCCCAAAGCCUGGGGUCCCCGGGACCCGACGGCUCCGCGCUCAGCCCGGCCGGCGCUGCUCAUGUGGAGCCCGACGAGGUGGACAAGUUCAAGGCCCGGUUCCUGACCGCCUGGAACAAUGUCAAGUAUGGGUGGAUGGUCAAAAGCCGGACCAGCUUUAGCAAGAUCUCCAGCAUCUACCUCUGUGGGCGCCGCUACCGCUUUGAGGGUGAAGGUGACAUCCAGCGUUUCCAGCGGGACUUUGUGUCCCGCCUGUGGCUGACCUAUCGCCGGGACUUUCCACCCCUAGCUGGGGGCUCCCUGACCUCAGAUUGUGGCUGGGGAUGCAUGUUACGCAGUGGUCAGAUGAUGCUGGCCCAGGGCUUGCUGCUGCAUUUCCUGCCCCGAGAUUGGAUGUGGGCCGAGGGUCUCGGCCUGGGCCACCCUGAUCUGCCUGGCUCGGCCUCCUCUAGCCCUGGCCGAGGCCCUGCCUGCUGGAUGCCCCCACGCUGGCCCCGGGGCGCCCCUGAGCUGGAGCAGGAGCUGAGGCACCGGCAGAUCGUGUCCUGGUUCGCUGACCACCCCCGGGCCCCCUUUGGCCUGCACCGGCUGGUGGAGCUUGGGCAGAGCUCGGGCAAGAAGGCGGGUGACUGGUAUGGGCCGUCACUGGUGGCGCACAUCCUCAGGAAGGCUGUGGAGAGCAGCUCGGAGCUCACCCGCCUGGCCGUGUAUGUUUCUCAGGACUGCACAGUAUACAAGGCGGAUGUGGCACACCUGGUGGCCAGCCGGGACCCAGCAGCCGAAUGGAAGUCUGUGGUCAUCCUGGUGCCCGUGCGCCUGGGCGGGGAGACUCUGAACCCUGUGUACGUGCCCGGAGUGAAGGAGCUCCUAAGAUCUGAACUGUGUCUGGGCAUCAUGGGAGGCAAACCGAGGCACUCGCUGUACUUCAUUGGCUACCAGGAUGACUUCCUGCUCUACCUGGACCCCCACUACUGCCAGCCCGCCGUGGAUGUCAGCCAGGCCGACUUCCCCCUGGAGUCUUUCCACUGCACCUCUCCCCGCAAGAUGGCCUUCGCCAAGAUGGACCCAAGCUGCACAGUGGGCUUCUACGCAGGAAACAGGAAGGAGUUUGAGACGCUGUGCUCUGAGCUGACCAAGAUCCUCAGCUCCUCCUCAGCCACAGAGCGCUACCCCAUGUUCACCCUGGCCGAGGGCCAUGCUCAGGACCACAGCUUGGAUGACCUCUGCUCCCAGCUUCCCCAGGCAGCCACACUGCGGCUGCCUCGCCCCGGGCACCUCCUCAAGGCCAAGCGGCCAAGCUUGGAGGACUUUGUGUUUUUAUAAUGGAGGGAAUGGGGGAAAGAGGUGAGACUAUUUAUUUUUUUAUUUAUGUCACCUUGGUGUGUGUGUGGUGGGGGGACAACUCAAUGCCAGAGCUGCCAGGGUUUCUGGCUCUCCACCUCCCCACCACCCAGCAGAGAUCAGUCUGGUCUCAGCUGGAGGCUGCCACCCAGCAGCUGCACCCUCCUGGGCCCCCUCACAGGGCAGGGGGCAGGGCAGACACCCAGGAACCCACUCAGGGCCUGACCCAACAUACUGUCGUGUGCACUGGACCGGCCGUGCCCUUCACUGUCCCCAGGCCCCUGUCUGGGGAACUGUCUGUUACCAGGGGCUAAUAAAGCUGUUGAA